ACCACCGAAGGCAAUGAACAGGAUGAACUAAUCGGAUUGGUGACGGCAGUAGAUUCAGACUCAGGAGUAAAUGCUGAGCUCAGCUAUUCGAUCAUUUGGCCCAACAAUCAAGGACUGAACCCGUUCAUCAUAAAUGCACGCGGGGAAAUUCGGGCUAGAAUGACGUUAGACCGGGAGAGUCGACCAGAAGGCUUUCAGUUCACCGUACUGGCAAAAGACAAUGGCGUUCCAAGUCUGUCUGCACUGGCCAAAGUGGAGGUCGCACUCAUCGAUGUCAAUGACUGCAGCCCCACAUUUACACAGGGAGUUUACCACUUCACAGUUGAAGAAGAAAUACCUUUCAACAUGAGCAACGCCUAUGUUAUUGGGCAAGUAAAGGCCACUGACUGUGACAUCGGAAACAACGCACAGAUUUUGUAUCAGCUUGAAGCAACUGAUGCACCAUUUCAGGUCACACUUUCCAUCUACGAAGAUAUUAACUGCAAAGUGGCAAAAAUCGAGGCAAUCGAUAAAGAUAUAGAGCGCAACGGCGAAAUUCGUUUCAAGCUGGCAAACGAUGUACCGCGUGGAAUGUUCGCAUUGAAUCCUGAAAGUGGAGAACUGACACUGAAACGGAGGCUCACCGUUGAAGAAGCGGGCAUAAUCCCACUGAGAAUACUUGCCAUAGACAACGGCCUUAAACCAAGGACUGCCACCACAACAAUAGAAAUACUGGCGGCCGAUGUACCAGCCACGAAGCCAGCUGGUAUCAGCGGUAAUUUGGAUUAUUCAGAACAACCCAACACCUUUGUGGGCAACCUGCGCGUGAACGCAAACAAGUUCAUAAUUGUCUGCAUUGUGGUCAUCACGCUGAUAAUUUGUCUCAUUCUUGCGGCUGUAAUUUGUGUUGUAUCACGAAAGGGAUGUGCAGCUUGGACUGGAGCGCCAACCACUUCGGUGCGGAAUCAAAAACAGAUUCACUUGGUUUCACACAGUAAUGGUGGCUUGCCUAUUACCGAACCAGUAUUUUCAACUGCACCAGACAUGGAGGCAUUCAUCACCAAGGAAACUCCCAGUAUUGGUUACUCGGAGCCUAGUAAAUACUUCUCCAAUGCUUACCAUUUUCAUGAUCAAUGGGAAACCGCCAUCUCACAAGACGGCCGAAUUUGCGACAAUCCUCUGGCUAACCAGAAUGCAUCCGAAUUCUAUGCUGGGUGA